AUUGCUGUUUCCCUUUACUCGAGAAGAGACACGGUAGAGCGGUGCGGCGGGCAUCUCAUUAGUGCGAUAUAGUAAUGGUCAAAAAGAUAAUAACGCGUUCAAAUUCUUACACCUGCGACCAUUGUGGUAAAGCCUUCAAGUUCAAAGGAAAUUUACGUUAUCAUCUAUUCAGCCACAUUCCUGGAGAGGGUAGGUACACUUGCGAUAUUGAUCAAUGUGGUCGCACAUUUAAGAAUCCCAAACGAUUGAGUGAUCACCGGAGACGUUACCAUUUGAAUAGGGAAAACUACAUUUGUGAAUACUGUGGCUACCAGACGCGUAUAAAAUGCAAUCUGGCUGUCCAUAUGCGCCAAAGACAUACGGGUGAAAAGCCGUAUUGCUGCGAAUACUGUGCCAUUGGCUUCUCUUCGUCAUACCAAUUAAGUGCUCAUAAGAGCAGCCACGAAGAACGAUUUGCAAAUGAUGACAAUGAUGAUGGCCGUCAUUGGUCGUAUUGUCCGAUAUGUGGCGAAAAAUUCGCAAAUAGCAAAACGUUGUAUCAUCAUAAAUCAACACAUACCGAAGAAAAGGAAUACAAGUGCGAACUAUGCGCUAAAACAUAUCAGCAAUCGUCAGGACUAUCUCGUCAUAAGAGAUGGCAUAAGAGCCAACAGGCAAAAUGCAUGAAUACUAUGGUUGAUAAAGAGUACACCAAAUAAAAGAACCGCUAAUAAAUAAAAUUCUUGGUUAAAUCAAGUAAAAUUGAGUUACUAUCUAUACUUGAUAAAACCAGGGGGCGAAUUACUGCUUUCAGAUUAAAUAUUAUUUAAAAUUUUUAAUCUCAAAACACACCGUACAAAUUUUGUAUAAUGUAUCUGAUUGUUAAUCUCAUAACAGCAGCACUGCGCCUUUUGAUAUAGUACAUUUGGGUGUUACUCCAAUAAAAACAGCAAAUUUUUUUCAUCCAAAGAUGUAGAAAAAAUGUAGUUUAAUAUUUUCAAUGUUUUUUUUAAUCGGUUAACCAAAUGUAAUUUAAAUAAGUUCUUGGGAACUAAUACGAAAAACGCAACGUAAAGUCGGCAUAAAAAAAAUUCACCAAAGAUACUAUAACAGGUAAACCGACUA